CAAUCAAGCAUACUUGUUCGCGUGCGCCCACACUCCACUCUAAGGCGCGGCGAACACGUUUAUAAAACUAGUUGCAUCACCGCUGCACCUCUCAUUUGUUCGACAAUAAUCUGCGCGUGCGGCCGCUACGAUGUCCAAAGACGACAUGAUACGCUCGGUUCUCUACGUAGUUAACGUGAUAUACGCUGUGUUCGGGCUGAUCACGGCCGCCACGGGAAUAUGGUUCUUUGUGCAACUAUCAGAGUUCGUCAGCCUAAGGAAUAGUAACCACUAUCUGCUGGACUAUCGUGUGUACUGGCCUCAGGUCGCGCCGUGGCUGUUUAUCCUGCUUGGACUGUUUGUGAUGCUCAUUGCAUUCUGUGGUUGGUGCGGGGCUAACAAGGAAAGUCGCGGUCUCUUAGGCAUCUAUGGAAUCUUCCUGAUUCUCAUCAUAGUUGGACAAGUGAUUGCUGCUACGUUGAUCUUCGUGUUUGUUGAUGGUGAAGACACUGACAGGUUCAUAAAGGAUACAGUAUAUGAUGGAUAUUACAACACCCAGUCGAACCCUGAUGCGUUUAAGGCGUUCGGAAGGAUUGAAAGGAAGCUGAGGUGCUGUGGCGCGAAUGACGCGAGAGAUUACAGAAGUUGGAGGAACGACUUGCCGCUCACCUGCUGCCAGGACAGUUACUACCGCGCCACUUGUGACUUUACUGAUAAAGAGGCAAACGAAAGAUUAGGAUGCGCGAAAGUGGCUUCUGUUUACACGAAAAUCAUCAGUUCUUCAGUCGCUGGAGCUUCUCUGCUUAUCUCCUUGGUGGAAAUCGUCGGCGUGGUGAUGGCUUGGAGAUUGUUCAAAUCGUUAAGAGAGGUGGAGCAUUACAUCCACGAAAGAAAGGAGGGAGAAACCGAGUGUUAGUGCCAGUAUUACCGAAUUGUGUUCGACACGACUGUAAUCGAUUACCGACUCUUUAGACAUCCUUGUUAACCAAUUGUCUAAUUAAGAUAUCUUUCACGCGUCUCGGGUCAAAGUUGGUCUGGAACGGUCAUAAUGCGCCGCUUCCUCUUUACCAACGUUGACUUCUCGAAUGACGUUACCCACCAUUAUAGUUUUAUUUGGGUAUUUGCAGUUACCAAUAUUAUAAGUUUUGUAAAAAUUCGGCAGCUUAUAAUUAUGUCAGGAAUUUAUUAAGUAGUGAAUGCAUUAAGUACCCAAUUAGUUGUAAUUAGGUUAUAUCGGUAUUUCACAAUGUAUUUGUUUAGAAAACGGUAUCUAGGUCAGGCAAAAUUAAAUUCGAUAAUUGUUAGAGGAAAGUAAUUUCCUAUACAAUGAUCUAUGGUGGGACGGAAGCUCCAAUUGCAUUUCUAGAAGCGUGAGCUCAUGUCGUAAUGUGAGAGGUUUCAAGGCCCCUCAUGAGAUUUCGGCCUCUGCUACCUCUGUCCCACAUACAGCUUUCGCAACAACUAUUGAGCCGUUACGAUACUCCUCUAUGUUAAUUUUUACGCAACGUGUGUUAUGCUCGUAGUAUUUACAAUGAAUAUCAAUUUGGCCUUUCCCAAUCUUUGUGGGUCGGAUUGUACACGUGCGAUGAAUUUUAAAGUUAUAAAUUUAAACAGAAAUUAAGAAUGUAUAAGAAUGUAUAUUAAGAAUGUAGAAUUUUUCAAAGGGUUAUUUCAGACCCCCUAAAAAGAGAAAGUCCAUGUAUACGUUUAUUUAUAUUUAUAUAGAUUUUUUAUAUACUUUUGUAAUGCCGCUCCCCACUCUCAAUUUUUCCUAGCCCCCCCAUUCGUACCCCAUUUCCGCCUUUAUGUGCCUUUAUAUUUAAUUGUAUUUGGUAACUUGGUGCUUAUUAUAAGUGUCAUUGCCCUAGUUAAGUGUUUUUGGCAAAAUUAAUGUAAACUAACAUGAGUUGGCAAAGAUGGCGCUUUUGUCGAAUUUUCGUAUUCGAAAUUUAAACGUGAUUGUUUAAAAAAACAUCUACUUUAUAGUAAAAGAUUUUUUUAAUAUUUUCAUUACAUAAUAGUUUGUUAGUUAACAGCGAAGUAUAUCAAAGCUGCUACUUGCCAACUGAUGUUUAGUGUAUAAGUCAUAUUUUAUAGUUUUCUAUAAAAUACUUUUCCGUCCUUUUUCGCCAUAAAGUAUGCUUGUAUGUCUCCAUAUGCCAAAGAAUGAAAUGUGUGGGUACAAAAACUGAAUAAAUGAUUUUAAUAUAUUCUUUGCAUGCAUAAUAAUAAAAUCACAUACGAAGAGACAAAAUGUAUGAAGUGACUUUUACAUAAUUAUUUUUAGAAAAUAUUUUUUUUAUUAAAAUGUGACUUUAUACAUUUUUCCUUUCAGCUUUCGGAAUAUAAGUUAUUUUUUAUACAUGGGUCAAUUUAGAAAGCAUUUUUAAAGAUACUGCUCGCCUUUUAUGCCAACAAUUUUAAAGACCAACUCGAUGACUAAUUCUGGAGUUGCUACUGUUUAUGGGUAUUCGUGGCAUUUGCCAUUACGACCGACUUUCUCAUUAAAUCACUCAGAUUAAUCAUUUUGCAAGCUUUAAUACAUAAUUAAAUGAUUUCGCGCUUCAGAAUUGACCCAAAAUUUGUAAGAACUAGUCUUAAGUCGUUGUAAUAAAUUUACGAAAUUAUAAAAGAAAA